GAUGAUUGAGGAAAGUGGGAACAAGCGGAAGACCAUGGCAGAGAAGAGGCAGCUGUUCAUAGAAAUGCGUGCUCAGAAUUUUGAUGUCAUACGACUAUCAACUUAUAGAACAGCUUGCAAAUUACGAUUUGUACAAAAGCGAUGCAACCUCCAUCUUGUUGAUAUCUGGAACAUGAUUGAAGCCUUCCGAGACAAUGGCCUUAAUACACUGGACCAUACCACUGAGAUCAGCGUGUCCCGCCUCGAAACUGUCAUCUCCUCUGUCUACUACCAGCUGAACAAGCGCCUUCCUUCUACUCACCAAAUCAGUGUGGAGCAGUCGAUCAGCCUCCUCCUCAACUUUAUGAUUGCUGCAUAUGACAGUGAGGGCCGAGGCAAGUUGACCGUAUUUUCAGUUAAAGCUAUGUUAGCAACGAUGUGUGGUGGAAAAAUGCUGGACAAAUUGAGAUAUGUUUUCUCCCAGAUGUCAGAUUCCAAUGGCUUAAUGAUAUUUAGCAAGUUUGACCAGUUUCUGAAGGAAGUUCUGAAGCUCCCAACAGCUGUCUUUGAAGGGCCAUCUUUUGGUUACACAGAGCACUCAGUCCGCACCUGUUUUCCACAGCAGAAAAAGAUCAUGCUAAAUAUGUUUUUAGACACAAUGAUGGCCGAUCCUCCCCCCCAGUGCCUUGUCUGGCUACCUCUCAUGCAUAGGCUUGCCCAUGUUGAGAAUGUCUUCCACCCCGUGGAGUGCUCCUAUUGCCGGUGUGAGAGUAUGAUGGGCUUCCGGUACCGAUGCCAGCAGUGCCACAACUACCAGCUCUGCCAAAACUGCUUUUGGCGUGGCCACGCCAGCGGCCCUCACAGCAACCAACACCAGAUGAAGGAGCACUCCUCCUGGAAAUCCCCUGCAAAGAAGCUGAGCCAUGCAAUUAGUAAAUCUUUGGGGUGUGUACCCACCAGAGAACCCCCACAUCCUGUUUUUCCUGAGCAACCAGAGAAACCACUUGACCUUGCAAAUAUAGUUCCUCCUCGUCCUCUGGCCAACAUGAACGACACCAUGGUGAGCCACCUGUCCUCUGGGGUGCCCACCCCCACCAAGAGGGUUCAGAAUGUGAAUGGUGGUAUUAGUCUCUGGACUAAGACUGAGAACAACAGAAAUAUUGGCAAAACGAAGAAAGGAGGCAAACUGAAAUUGGUCAAGCCAGAAAUUAUCCAUUUGUGGACUCAGGCUAUUGGUGCUCUUCCCUCCUGUGAAAUGAGAACUGUUAACAUCAAGAGAGCAGCAGCCGUGUCUGGAUCCUGCUUACUGUGGUUACAGUAUAGCCAGGAUAUACCCAGUCACUUGGCCGAUGAGCAUGCGCUGAUAGCCUCCUAUGUGGCCCGUCUGCAACACUGUGCACGUGUCCUGGACAGUCCUAGCCGACUGGAUGAGGAACACCGGCUUAUAGCUCGCUAUGCUGCCCGGCUGGCUGCAGAAGCAGGAAACGUGACUCAAGUUAUGGCUUUGGAGGAGGAGGAGGAGAAAGAGGAGACCCGUCCUCCUACUGACUUGAGCUUUAACUUUGAUGCCAACAAACAACAAAGACAGCUUAUUGCAGAACUGGAAAACAAAAACAGGGAGAUCCUGCAAGAGAUUCAGCGUCUCCGUCUGGAGCAUGAGCAGGCUUCCCAGCCCACCCCCGAGAAGGCCCAGCAGAACCCCACGUUGCUGGCUGAGCUGCGGCUGCUGAGGCAAAGGAAAGAUGAACUGGAGCAGAGAAUGUCGGCGCUGCAGGAGAGCAGGCGCGAGCUGAUGGUUCAGCUGGAGGGGCUGAUGAAGCUGCUGAAGGAGGAAGAGCAAAAGCAGGCAGCUCAGGCCACAGGAUCACCACAUACAUCCCCCACUCACGGAGGCGGCCGCCCGAUGCCCAUGCCUGUCCGCUCAACGUCUGCUGGCUCCACCCCCACCCACUGUCCGCAAGACCCACUGAGCGGAGUCGGGGGAGACAUGCAGGAGGCCUUUGCACAAGGUACGAGGAGAAACCUCCGCAGUGACCUGCUGGUGGCCGCUGAUUCCAUCACCAACACCAUGUCAUCCCUGGUGAAGGAGCUCCACUCAGGAACACACUGGACGUCUUGGCCCAGGGAGCCUCUCUGCCACACGUGAUCACACAGAGACGCUGACACGUUAUGUUUCUCUCAAGAAUGCUCCUUGCAGGACAGACCCAAUCCAGACUUUAAAGAAGUUCAGAGCCCCACGCACACACAGUUAGCCCCUUCCCUGCUUCAUUCGUCCUCCACCAGCUCUCCGUCCACAGCCUCUCUCCCCCCAGGGCUGCGCGACCGCCUCGUUCUGAGGCUUUCCUGGAAGACUGGAACUGAAUCAGCCACAAAAGCUUCUGGACUCUCUCCCAGUUGCCUUUCUGCUCUCUCCUAUUUGAUUUGGUUUUGAAACCCUAUUCUCUCCUUUUGUCCACGACUAGGCUCUGAUUUCAUGUGACGUUUGUGACCUGAGUCUGUUGCUCCUUCGCUCCUCUGUCCAGUCUUCCCUGUGGCUCCUUCCUCAGUCUCUCCAUCACUUAGCUAUUUCACUGAUUUUCCAGACACCCUUACCUCAUUGUUCUCUUACAUAAAACCCAUGAGAGAGAGAAAUAAUAAAAGGCCAUUCCCCUAUCGUCAUAUUUUCAAGACUCCCCAUGACUCUCUUCAUUUUAUAACUGCCAGGUAUUUACUAAUCGGUGUAGAGUAAUCAGAUUCCCAUGUUCCGUAUUAAACACAUAGGUUCCCUUCCUGAGCACUACAUAUGGCCCUCCUUUGUUCUUUUCACCUAAUAUAAUGCUUUUGAAUAUGUUGAAGUCGCUUAACAAGGUUAUUAAAUAAAAAUAUAAAGCAGUGUU